UGCCACUGAUGCGAACAAGGGUACUUUAAAAAUAUAAGAGGACACCUUCAGGAAAUUUCAGAAGUGUAAUAAGUCCUAAAAUCUAUCAGCUUCUAUUGAUGUUUUGACUUUGUCGAUGGGGAAAAACCUCGGCAUCGGUAAAAUCAGACAAGAGAGGGUUUCACUGUCUUCACCAUUUGAUGACUUACCGGACGAUUGCAUCGGUAACAUAAUCUCUCUUACAAGUCCACGGGACGCAUGCGUUGCAGCUUCGGUUUCAAAAACCUUCAAGUCAACGUCCGAGUUCAAUAGCGUGUGGGAGAAGUUUCUUCCACCGGAGUACUCAUCUCUUAUUCUUGAGUCGCAAGUUUCCACGUUGAAGAAGGAGCUCUAUUUCUCUUUGUGCAACAAUCCUGUUCUAAUCGAAGAUGGACAAAAGAGCUUCUGGUUAGAGAAAGCGAGUGGGAAGAGAUGUAUCAUGUUAUCUGCGAGGCAACUCGCAAUCACAUGGGGAAACUCUCCUCAGUAUUGGCAAUGGAUCUCAAUUCCCGAAGCUAGGUUUAAAAAAGUACCAGAACUUCUUGAUGUAUGUGCUUUCGAGAUCCGUGGUUGGAUGAAUACUCGAAUCCUCUCUCCAAGAACCCAUUACUCGGCUUACGUAGUGUACAAGACAAGAAGUGGAUGUCAUGGGUUUCGCGAUUUGCCCAUACAAGUUGGAAUAUGUUUGGUGGGACAAAAAGCUACUAAAAGAUUCAUAUGCUUUGAUGAGUCUGCGGAUAGAAUUAAAAGGUGGGGAAGGAGGGAGCUAAUGAAAUCGAAGGAGAGAGAAGAUGGAUGGAUAGAAGCAGAGAUUGGUGAUUUAUUCAAUGAAAUUGGUUGUGACGAAAUUGAACUGAGUAUUAUAGACAUUACGUCUCCUUAUUGGAAGCGUGGAUUGAUCAUUCAAGGAAUUGAAUUCCGGCCUGUGAAAAAACUCUGGUGAAGUAAAAACCACACCAUGUACACCGUACGUGUUUGAGCCAGUGAGUCCGGUGUUAUAUGUUUAUGUAUCAACCGAAAUAAGUUGUAACAGUUUUAGUGGUUAUUUAAUUGUAAUUAAUAUUUGCUAUUUUUGUCGAUGUUUUUUCAUUCUCAAACGAACCAAUUCAAUAAGAGAAAAUGUGCUCUUUGAAUCAGCUACACAAAUUUCGUAGACUUAUACGUUUUAUGAGAAAGCAUUUGCUAGAUCAUGGACUUCCAAAGGAAGAGUUAGUAAUGACUAAUGAAUGAAUUGGCCCAUUAAAUUUUGUAGUAUAGUUUUACAAAUGUCCCCACUGCCAUAGCCGGACUUUGAAAGGAUUAGGUUCAUGUUGUACUACUUUAGCAUUGAGAAUGCCUCCUCCAAGUGAGCGAUGUGGCAAGCUGCUUCCAGAGACUUUAUGAGCAUGUUGUUAAUAUAGACUUUCAUGGUUCACCCAAUCUACUGAAUAAACAUCAUGUUCACUGGCCUCUGAUAAGCUGAGUCUGUAUUUUCAAGGCGAAAGGCAUCAACUUAUAGAAAUAGAACUUUUGGUAUGUCAUGAAAUAAGUUUUCUCUUAGUCGUUUAUAUGUAUUAGGAUUUGGUUAUACUUGGAGAACGGUAUGUGUAGAAGUUUUUAAAAAUUGAUUUGAUUAAUUAUUUGUCAACAAAGUACACUUAUCUUUUAAUUACUUGUCCAUAAAGAAUUUAAAAGUUACAUGUGAUCGAGGUGGGAAAGUCUCAGGAUGGGUGAUCUGUGGAAAGUAAUUUUCGAUAAGUGUGAGUGAAGACAAAGCACAAAAAACAUCAUGUAGAGAUUGUAGGGUCAGGAAAUAAUCUCUCGAGCCUUCCAAACAUAAUGCACCAGCCGUCAGGAGGGUAAAACCCAUGGGCGACAAAAAGGACGUGGAAGUCCCAUUAACGGUGGCGGUCUUAGAGUUACAAUUAUGGGCUCCUUCCGAUGAUGUUUCAUGCAAUGUGUUGUGAAGGCUAGACGAAAGUGCCGCAGCAUCUUGUUGAAUGUCCAUUCAAGAUCCAUGGUUUAAUAUUAUAAAUCCCCUUAUCUUAUCUUCAAGAACUCAUUACUCGUGUUCGUAGUGAACAAGACAAGAGAUCCCUUUCAUAUCUUACAUAACUUUGAAGUUGGAUUGAUUGUGCAUGGAAGUUCUGACGCCACAAGUUGGGAGAAGAAGUAUCUAAGCAAACAAUUUGAGGCAUGAUUGAUGUUUAAUUUACCGGGCAAUUUUGUCAUAUUAGAUAAGGUGGGUAAGGAAGUAUUUCAGCAAAAAAAAAAAUUAUACUACUUUUAUAUUAGGCUUUAGUUUUACAAGGUUUAGGGGUUUAAUUUUAGGCUACUUUACUAAUUCAUAAAAUGUAGAUCAGUGACUUUGCUUUAAAAUACCCGGACGACUUUCGAAAGAGACAUUUUCAAAGGGUCGUGAGGUACUAGACGCCCUCCUCUCGCUGAUUCAAAGAAGGGGUAAUUUGGUAAACAGGUCAGACGACUUUGAAAGUUAAGACUUGAGAAGUGCGCAAAAGUCAGAACAACAAUUCUCAAGCUUGAUCCAGAUCUUAGACGCAGACUAUCGGUACAGGCAAACACUGGAGAAAAGUCACGGCGCUGAAUCAUUUCCAAGUUGUCCACUUUUUUGAUGUAUUUCCAGAGGAAUGUAUUGUUCUUUGCCUUCUGCUUCUUCGGCCCUUUGGUUUCUACAACCUUUGGAUCAGCGUCGGCUGUCACUUCCGGUAGCGUAAGGGAAAAGUUUCUUCCUCAGAAAUAUUCAAUCUUCUCAUCCAAGACGAAACGUUUUUCUGCUUGAUGCGAUGACUAUGUUCUAAUCGAAGAUGGAAAAAUGGUACACCUGAUUAUGUUUUGAUUAUUCUGAGUUUGUAAGUUUAUUCUACCAUUAUAGAUUUCUUGUUAAUGAGGCUUUCUAUUUUUGGGAAACAUAGAGCGUAUGUUUAGACAAAGCAAGAGGGACGAGGACUAUAAUAGUCAUGUUCUUUUCCUGGACGUAAGUUUCAGCGUCAGCGACACAAAAACAUAAAGGAAUUAAAACUGACAUGUCAGGAACCACUACAAGAAAACAGGGGGUCGGUAUCAUUUUGUCGGAAAAAAAAUAUUCGUCGGAAUUUCGUCAGACCUUCCGACGACUUUCUGACGAAUACCGAGAAACGUCAUUCUGACGAAUUUCCGACGAUAUUCCGAUGCGGACACACGAGACCAGAGUU